CCUGUAUGAGGGACAUCUGGUUGGACAGCUCUGAUCAUAAAUGCCUUGUUUGAAAAUGUUUUUAAAUGUAAUUAAAUACAUAUAUCUAUCACAAGGUGAUCAUUCCAUUAUAGCAAUAAUUUAAGUUUUGUUUUCUCGAGAGAAUAAUUUUGAGGACUGGGGAAGAGGCGACGGCAAGGUGUCCAGUUUAUAUAUAAAAAUAAAAUUUGGGAAAUCAAUACAUGAUGAAGAAGUUUAAUUUCCGCAAGGUGCUGGACGGCUUGACAGCGGCGUCUUCGCCGGCUCACCCGGGCAGCGGCGGACUCGGAUCCGGGGCAGGGGGCAGUGGAGGCGGUGUCAGUAGCGGAGGAGGCAGCGGCAGUAGUGGCGGCGGCGGUGGUACCUCGGGAGGAGGGAGAGGAGGAGCUGGGGAUGCGGAAAUACCCGAGACUCUCACGUCGGAUCACUUCCAGAUCUGUAAGACCGUGCGCCAUGGCUUCCCCUGCCAACCGACGGCCUUAGCUUUUGAUCCAGUACAAAAAAUUCUUGCCAUUGGGUGCCGCACAGGAGCUCUACGAAUACUAGGUCGUCCUGGAGUUGACUGCUAUUGCCAACAUGAUAGCGGGGCAGCUGUGCUGCAACUUCAAUUCUUGAUAAAUGAGGGAGCUUUAGUAAGUGCAUGUGCAGAUGACACACUUCAUCUGUGGAAUCUUCGUCAAAAGCGCCCAGCGGUUCUUCAUUCACUCAAAUUCAACAGAGAAAGGAUUACCUGCUGCCAUCUCCCUUUCCAGAGUAAAUGGUUAUAUGUGGGAACGGAGCGAGGAAACAUGUACGUUGUAAAUAUCGAGUCCUUUGUCCUUUCGGGAUAUGUCAUCAUGUGGAAUAAAGCGAUAGAACUGUCUACAAAAACUCACCCUGGCCCUGUUGUUCAUUUAAGUGACAGUCCAAGGGACGAGGGGAAACUGCUCUUGGGGUUUGAAAGUGGAACAGUUGUACUGUGGGACGUCAGGUCAAAGAGGGCAGAUUUUAGAUUUUAUUAUGAUGAGGCUAUCCAUUCUAUCAGCUGGCAUCAUGAAGGGAAGCAAUUCAUGUGCAGCCAUUCAGAUGGUAGUUUAACACUUUGGAACUUGAAAAGCCCAAACAAACCUUUUCAGAUAAUAGUACCACAUGGUAAAGUCCAGCGAGAUGGUAAGAAACCUGAGUCUUGCAAACCAAUCCUAAAAGUAGAUCAUAAGACUUGCAGAAAUAGCGAACCGUUUACUAUUUUUUCUGGAGGACUGUCCUAUGAUAAAGCAUGCAGAAGACCCAGUCUGACAAUUAUGCAUGGCAAAUCUAUUACAGUUCUGGAAAUGGAUUAUCCCAUUGUGGACUUCCUAACUCUCUGUGAAACACCCUAUCCAAAUGAAUUCCAGGACCCUUAUGCUGUGGUUGUACUACUUGAGAAGGAUCUGAUUGUUGUUGAUCUUACACAAAACAAUUUUCCCAUCUUUGAAAACCCGUAUCCAAUGGAUGUGCAUGAAUCUCCAGUGACUUGCUCUGAGUAUUUUGCAGAUUGUCCUCCUGAUUUGAUACCUGCCCUCUAUUCUAUUGGAGCCAAACAACAAAAAAAGCAGGGAUAUAGCACAAAGGAAUGGCCAAUUGCUGGUGGUACAUGGAACUUGGGUGCACAAACAUAUCCCGAGAUAAUCAUAACAGGGCAUGCAGAUGGUUCUUUGAAGUUCUGGGAUGCUUCUGCCAUAACUCUUCAAGUAUUAUACAAACUGAAAACUUCCAAAGUGUUUGACAAACAGAAGGUGAAAGACGGAAAGCAGACUGCAGAGAUUGUCGAAGAGGAUCCCUAUGCAAUACAGAUGAUCAGUUGGUGUCCGGAAAGUCGAAUUUUUUGUGUUGCAGGCAUCUCGGCGCAUGUUAUUGUUUAUAGAUUUAGUAAGCAUGAAGUUACAGCUGAGAUAAUGGCUCUUGAGCUACGAUUACAGUAUGAAAUUGAAGACAUUGUUACUCCAGAACCUGAAUCGGUGCAGCCAUUCACUGAUACGUCUUCUCAGCUUUCAUCUUCAAAGAGUCCAGCAUUAUCUGGUAGUGCAAAUGCAUUAGCACCGGAGGGAGUAAGAGACAGCAUCCCAUGUCUCAAGGUGAAAACUCGUCCUGUCAAAAUGGCUCCUGGAUAUCAGGCUGAUCUCGUCAUUCAGCUGGUAUGGAUUGAUGGGGAACCACCUCAACAGAUCACCAGCCUAGCAGUUAGUUCUGCCUAUGGUCUUGUGACAUUUGGAAACUGCAAUGGUUUGGCAGUUGUAGACUUUAUGCAGAAGACCAUUCUACUUAGUAUGGGAACCAUUGAGCUUUAUGGUACAAGUGACCCAUUUCAACGCCAUCUCAAAUCUCCUCGUAAGAGCAAACAGCUCACUGCAGAAAAUCUUUGCAUGCGUGGCCUGUCUAGUUUGUACUCACUGAAACGGCUCCGUACAUCUUAUCAGAGCUUGACUGAACUUGCGGAUAGCCCUGGAUCACUGGAGGUUGAACGCUGCAAAUCACCCACCUCAGGUAGAGUAAAAGGACCAAGAAAGUUAAGUCUGCCGACAGAUCUUAAGACUGAUCUCGGAUCUGUGAAAGGUUCCUGUUUUGAAGGGAGAACAGCUGUUUCAAAGAACUCAGUGAAAGCUUUUGAGAAGACUAGAACAAUAUUUGAAGAUCACAUCAAUGGAGUGUGCACGAGCCCUACAUCCCAACCCUGCAACACUGGGAAACGCCUUUCCAUUGUAGAUUCUUCAAAAUUGAACCGUCGUGGACCAGGACGGCCACCUUUUCGAAAAGUACAGUCUGCUGCCUGCAUGGAAAUCUCAUUGCCUCUCACCCACACAGAAGAAAGUAAAGAAAAUACUUUUAAUCGAUCAAGAAGUUCCAGCGUCUCCAGCAUUGACAAAGAAUCAAAGGAGGCCAUAACGGCUUUGUACUUCAUGGAGUCCUUCAGCCGUAAGAUGGACACAACCCUCUCACCAUGUCUCUGGGUUGGUACCAGUCUGGGUACAGUACUAGUUAUCUCAUUGAACCUUCCUCCAGAGGAGCAAAGAUACUCAGAGCCACUCAUGGUUUCUCCCAGUGGUACAGUGUUUAUGUUGAAAGGAGCCAUAUUAACAUUUUCCUCUUUGGAUUCUGUGGGUGGUCUAAUACAUCCCCCAUAUGAGGUGUGGAGAGAUCUAAACAGUGAAGAUAAGGAUGAUAAAGGACGGAGAAGAAAGCUAGUAAAAUUUUCACCAUCUUCCUCUCAGGAGAUGGCAGACCACCAAUAUGUAGUGCUCUGCUCUGAAAAACAAGCCAAACUCUAUUCACUUCCUUCUCAGUGCUGUUUGUACGUACACAAUAUCACAGAAACUUCCUUUGUAUUACGAGCAGAUGUCGUAACAAUGUGCAAUAGUAUCUGCCUGGCUUGCUUCUGUGCUAAUGGACAUAUUAUGACCUUAAGCUUGCCAAGUCUUAGGCCAUUGCUGGAUGUAAACUACCUUCCUUUAACUGAUAUGAGAAUAGCCCGGACUUUCUCCUUUACAAAUGGUGGACAGGCUCUGUAUCUGAGUUCACCCAGUGAAAUCCAGCGAAUCACCUACAGCCAGGAGAUGUGUGAAAAUCUUCAGGAAAUGCUGGGAGAUUUGUUUACUCCUAUUGAGACUCCGGAGGCCCAGAACAGAGGGUUUUUAAAGGGGUUGUUUGGAGGAAGUGGACAGACAUUUGAUAGAGAAGAGUUAUUUGGAGAGGCUUCAGCAGGCAAGGCAUCUCGAACGCUUGCCCAGCACAUCCCUGGACCUGGUGGACUUGAAGGGGUUAAGGGUGCUGCAUCUGGAGUAGUUGGUGAUCUAGCCCGUGCUCGUAUUGCUUUGGAUGAACGUGGACAGAGACUAGGGGAAUUGGAAGAGCGAACUGCUGCUAUGAUGGCAAGUGCAGAGACCUUCUCCAAACAUGCACAUGAGUUGAUGCUCAAAUGCAGAGAUAAGAAGUGGUAUCAGUUCUGAAGACUACAAGAACAGUUAACUAUGCGUUAAUUCAAUAAUGCCAUUCAGGGAAAUGGAUGUUGUCUCCUUCUAUUGGUUGCCAGAAAGGAAAUGGCUUUUCUCCUCCAAAACUCCUAUUCUCAAAAACAAUAUGAAAAAUAACAUGAAUCCUUCUGUUUCCACAAAUGAAAGAACAAAAGCUGAAUACGAGGUCUCAGUCCAUUGAGACUAGGAUUUUAUCCUUGAAGCUUAUGUUUCCAUUUCACCCAAAUGCAAUAGACGACUCACAUUUUAUUUAAAAAGAGCUUUUUCCUCACUCAGUAUGGAAAGGCAACCCGGUAGCAACUUGUACAGAUUUGAAUGAUAAUGCUCUUAUAGAAAAAAUACUUUAAUACCUUGCAUGGAAAAAAUAUCAUCCUUAUGAUAAACAAAAGCAUGUUAUUAUUGGAGAUGGGAGGGGAUGGAUUUCAUUUCUAGCUUUGACAGAAUACAAAGAGAAAACAAGAAAAAUAUUUCUAUUUUUAAAUCUGCAUAGCAAAGCCAUGUGAACUGCAACAGAGAAUUGACUGUUUGAUGGCCGAAUGAAUGAAUGAUUGGAUGUGCUGUUCAACAAACUGGAAACUGUUGAAUACCAGAUAACCUGGCAGUGAAUCUUUAAAUUUCAUUAAAACUUCCCUUAGCUACAAAUUCUGCUUUGCAUUAGCAUAUUGCUCUGGUAUGAUAAAGAAUAUGCAGCAUGAUUGAUGUUAAUUACAAUAGAGCAGAAGGUCAAACCAUUAGAUUUGUUUCUUGAUUACUCUGUUACAGGGUGUAAUGAAUAUUUCUUUGAGAACUUGGGCAAACUGGAGUCUACCUAAUUGUCAGUGUCUUUUCUCUGCAAGCAUUUAUAUGGGAAACGGUCAUUAUCAGGUUGCAGAAGGUUAUGUACUUUGAGGAGUUGGAUAAUUUAUGGGACAAGAGGCAAACAUUCCAUUGCAUCCCACUCUCCUUCACAACUAACAUAAUCUCAGUUUAUGCCGUGUGGAUUGGUUGGAAGAAAAUAGGAGGAAAAACCUUGAUUAACUUUAAAUUAGAACCUCUCUGUAGCAUUAACUUGUGCACAAAUCAAGUAUUAAUCAUAUAUCUCAAAAGAAACUGGCAUUGUUCACUCCAUGGCUCCGUAUACGUAUAAACUUGUACUGAUGACCAAAACAUAAAGUAAACUAUGGCCGAUUCUGGAAUGUUUCCAGCAUUUUCUGUUUUGAUCACUGAUGCAAAGACAGAGAGAUGCUUGCAUCUCUUUGCUCUCAAGAGCUUUGACUACUCACCAAUACAAACAUCCCACAGUAAAUCUAGUAAGCACUGAUAAUGUACUAUUUUACAUUCAGUGACACAGAUGUGGAAUACAUCUGUUUUGCUAUGUCUCCAAAGUACACAGUUCAACAGAGUUCAUGUUAUCAGAUCUACAAAUAAGAACUGUACAUAGUGCAUUCUCUCCAAUAUCAACAUCACAGUUUUGAUACACUCUUGGCAGUUAAUUACAAUUUACAUUGCUGCCAGCAUGCUUUAUAACUGGAAGCACUGACGGAUUACUUGAUGGUUCUUUAUUUCUAACAAUCCAUUUACAAGAUAAAUCCUGUGAAUAUCCCAGUUAAUCUGGGCAACGAUAGCCAGAACUAAAUGACCCAUCACUAUUUAUAUAGAGUGUGAUUGUCAAAAUUAUGUACUCUGUUGUGGACUUCUUGUCUGAUACGUGGUGAUUUUUGUUUUUUAAAUGUUAGGCAAUCUGUGCCAAUUUCAUUUUAAUCUCUGACAUAAAAGUUAGGGUUUGUAUUUGUGCCUCGUGUUAAAUGUUACAGUGUUUUUACUUGAUCUUUUGUAACACUGGCAUUCACAGAUUUACUUUAGAUAAGACCAUAAGAUUUAGAAGCAGAAUUAGACCAUUCGACCGAUCAAGUCUAUCCGCCAUUCCAUCAUGGCUGAUUGAUUAUCCCUCUCAAUCGCAUUCCCCUGCCUUAUCCCUGUAACUUUUGGCACCCUGAUUACCCAAGAAGCUAUCAACCUCUGCCUUAAAUAUACCCAAUGAACUGGGCUGCACAGCUAUUUGUGGCAAUGAAUUCCACAGAUUCACCACCCUCUGGCUAAAGAAAUUAUUCCUCAUCUCAGUUCUAAAUGGACGCCCCUCAAUUCUGAGGCUGUGCUCUCUUGUCCUAGACUCCCCCACUAGAGGAAACAUCCUCCCCAAAUCCACUCUAUCCAUACCUUUCAAUAUUUGAUAGGUUUCAUUCUUUCAAACUCCAGUGGAUACAAGCCCAGAGCAAUCAAAUGUUUCUCAUACGUUAACUCUUUCAUUCCUCAGAUUUUUCUCGUGAACCUUCCUGUGGACCCUCUCCAGUACCAGCACAUCUUUUCUUAGAUAAGCGGCCUAACACUGCUUAUAAUACUCCAAGUGCAGUCUGACCAAAAAUGUGGUUUCCACAAAUGUUGAGAAAAUAGUGGUUUACAAUAUUUACAAUCAUGAAUUACAAUAUUUAACUCUUUAAUUUUAUACAAGAAUAUGCAGAGAAAAGCUUUCAACUCUAAUGAUUAUGUAGAAUUAAAUUAAGCUAGUUUUUUUCCUGCACGCAGUUCUCACCAGCACACUAUCAGAAUGCAAAAAUAUUCCUCAUUAAUACCACAUCACCAACAAUCUUGUCCAAUUCACAUUAUGUAGAAUUAAAUGAAGCAACUUGUUCCCCUCACCCAGUUCUUACCAGGGCAUCAUCAGAAUGCAAAAACUUUCCUCAUUAAUUGCCACUGCACCAACAAUCUUGCCCAGUUCAAGUUAGACUUAAUUUAAACAAAUUAAUGUUGGGUUUCACUCCAUUAUCAUCAAAGCAUAAUCCAUAAAGCAAUAAUUAUCAAAAAAAGCUGGCCAUAAAAUUCUCUACCCCUUUCUAAGGCAUGGAUUUAUUUCUUUUCCAAUAUGUAUUGUUGAUGACAUCCACAAGUUGUGAUGUCAUCGUUAUCUCUCAAGAUUGUAAAUAAGGAAGGGAAAAAAGCACAAUUUUUGAAUACCAAAAUAUUUUACAGAAUAUUAACUGAAAAUUUGAAGAGGCAAAGAACUUUGUGUUAUCUAGAAGCAGACUUGUCAUAAAAAAUACCUUACCUUGAUAAAAACUUUUAUUUCAAAAUACUUCAUAUGAAAUACUUCAGUGAGAAAAUUGCAAUCCAUAAAUUUAUUUUGUUUUUUUAGGGAAAGAAAGUAAAAAUUAUAGUUUAGUAAGCCAUUAUAAAAUCUCCAGCUACAUACAACAAAGCAAUAUGUUUUUAGAUUUCCUAUUGAGAUUAGUCUUAAUAUGUAAUUCUGUCAAUUCAAUUAAUUUCCUUUGAAUACUGUUGAGAAGGCAACAAAACAGCUGAAUGUUUGAAGGACAUCAGAAAUAAUGACAGCAAAUACUAUUUAUUUGAGUGCCAUUAUAACUCCACAAUUUGGCCUUAGUAUAUUUGGGGACAUGUUCAGAACUAUUAGAUUGAAGCAUUAUUGCCUACUGAGAGAUUAAUUAUCUGCAGUCCUAAUCUACUCGGUGCUGCCCCUUAAUCCAGUUUCAAUUUGAACUACCUUCCGUUCCAUUCCCAUUGCUAUUAAUCACUUUGAGCCAUUAAUAAGAUGUAUAAUCAUUAAUUUCCCUCUUGUACUAUUUUAAUUCUUCCUCAAAUUUCUGACAUCAGGGCCUAACCAUGUGAGAAAGUCAAGCUUUACAGGAUUUAUGUGGGUAUAGUGUUCAAAUUAUAGAUGGUCCCAAAAUUCUAGAGAUGGUUAACAAAAUAUAUAUAUUAUGCAUGUUCAAUCUUAUUUUUGUUUUGUAUGUGCUAAGUUUAAAACAGCAUCUGAAUUUUCUAAAAGAUAUAGCUGUUUCAACUAACAACCAGGAUUGGGUCUUUCAGUUGAUCACAAAAGGAUUUCACAUUUGGAAUUAUGGACUCAUACCAGCAUAUUUUUCUGCCUAGGAAAAAUGCAGGGCAUGUGAAAAGGUUUGCGCUGUCCUGAGCUUAUUAAGUUCACAUUUUAAAAUAGGUGUUGAUUCCUUUACUUGCUAUAUUUUCCUUUAAAGGUCCAUGCCCUAUAAUGUAAGUGAACAACUUUAGCUGGACUGUGGCGUAAUCAUAUUGCCACUUUAUGAUACUCCCAUCAUAUUUUUGUGGACAGUUAACAGCUGCAAAUGAUUGAUUUUGCACUGUAAGUGAGAAAUCCCCCAUUGCUAGGUUAACCAAGCAAUUUUUUUUUCUCUUUCCUCAUUUGUAAUUAUUAAUUAAAUUAUUAUUUUAGUAGAUCUUCGGCAUUGUACAUUUGUAACAUUUACAAGUUACAUUUGGUAUACAAAAGUACUAUUUUUAAAGAUUGAUCAUGAUUAGUAUUAAAAACUGAAUGUAUCCAUACUUUAACGUGGCUGGGUCCCAAGAAUUGGAACUAAGGUUUGUAUUGUUCUGAUUUUUUUUUUAAGUUUAACUGGUAAAAUGGUUAAUUAAUUGCAAAUCAUUCUACCAAAAACUAGUCCUAUAUAUUACAUACCAUUAUCCUUGUACAAUAAACUGCCAAUUUAAUGUUUACAUUUUCCAUAUGGUAUAUGCUCUCUUCAGUUCAGUGAAGAUGUCCCUAUCUCCAUGGUUAGAAAUACUGGUGCUUGAUCUCUUUAAUUUUGCACAUGUAAAGGACCAUAACCUUCUGUUAUCAUAUACUCAGCUACAUCACAGAAACAAUGAAAAUGUCUUUCAAAUCUGAAUUACUCCUUUGUGCACUAAGUCAUUUGAUUUAGCUACUUUGGGUUUAUUUGGUUAGUUCUGUUAGAUUCAUAUUUUUAAAAAGACAGGUAUGAAUCGCUCUUUGAUUGUAAUCCUCUUUGCGAGAUUGCAUGGCAGCAAAUCAGGUGCAAUUGUAUCCUGCAGUCUGGCUCAAAUCAAAUGACGUGCUCUGUGAAGAAAAGAAUAAAAUCCAAACUCAUCUUUGCAGUGUGCUCUCAGACCAUAUCACACUUUUAUGGAAACUUGAAUGCAUUUCAUGGCACUUUAUUGGUCUGUGAAACAAUUAGCUGUAGUAUUUUAAGUGAUAAUCAGCAAGAAAAGCACUUUAUUAUUAAGCCCUUCACUGUAACAUUUUUAUUAUGGUUAUGUCUACCAAAGAUAGAAAUAUUUGUUCAGUGGUGGCACAGACUUAUUGAUAUUCUUUCAUGCAUGUGCAAUCCCUAUGCAAGUGAAGUACGACUUUCUUCUCCAAGUGAAAGAAUACAAUCGUCGCCCAUCAUCCAUGAUGAAUAAUGUUUAUUCUCUACAGAUGCAAAAUCUAUUAAAACGUUCCACAAGAUUUAAGUUUCCUUAGAAUGCCAUAUUUGCAUUCCAAUGACUGUGUUCAUUCCAUUUAUUAUUUCACUGGUACUUUUUAAUUACUGUCCAGUAUUGUUCAUUGUUACAGAAUAAACCACUAUAGCAAGGCAGAACUUCCAAAAUUGUUUAACUGUCCAGUAAUUACAGCUGUGUGAAAGUUGUGACGAAACUUCAAUAUAAAGAAAACACUUCAAAUUAAUUUCAGUGAUACAGCGUACAACAGGCCCUUUCCCCUUCCAGCACAAGGAGUGGUGCUGCCUAGCAGCCCACCUAUUUAACCCGAGCCUAAUCUCAGGACAAUUUACAAUGACCAAUUAAGCUACUAACCGGUACAUUUUUGGCCCAUGGUAGAAAAGCAGAGCACCCAGAGGAAACCCUGGUGGUCAUGGGGAGAAUGAACAAACUCCUUACGGACGGAGCUGGAAUUGAACUCUGAACUCCAAUGUCCAGAGCUGUAACAGCGUCGCAUUAACCACCUGGCUAUAUUACACUUUGAAUGAUUUAAUGACACACAAAAAACACAAUCACCAGAGAUGAGUUCAUUCACAAACCUCAACUGUGUUUCAUUACACUGUAUCAGCUUGUUUCCUUUUAAAGUAAUUGAUGUUCAUUCUUGUGGGUUGAUGCAUCUGUGUAUAUGUAUACAGAUAUUAGUUACUGAUUGAUUUCUAUACACAAUGAUCAUCUGGGUGCUUCCUGUGCCAGUUGCAGAAUGAGGAAGGUGAAGUAUCUAAUUGUGCAGGCUUUUGGGAUAGCUCGAGAACAAAUCUGCCAUUACUCUGCAUCUUUUUUUUCCACAAAUGUCUGUUUUGUUCAGGGGAGUAUGAAGAGCUGUUGACCAUAAGUUGUCAGAGACAAUUUUUCUGCUGCAUGUUAAUUGGCCUUAUGAAGUAGCCUUUUGGAGUUAGAAUAUGCUUAUUUGAUUUUGAUGCUGGCCUUUCAAUGUAAUGCAGAACUGAGUGCAGAUAUUCUGUCCAGCUGUCCAUUACAGGAGCUCAGUAUUCCUUUAACCAUUCUUCACGAAUGGGAUCAGGGACACAAAGAAAUAAGGGACAGGAUGUUGAUAAGAACAAUACGCACAUUUCUGUGAUACUGUUGUCUAAUUCUGACAGGAAAUACCAGCCAUCCAGAAACAGGUCUACUACAACACUUGGGACUAUUACCAGUGCAAUGGUAAGUUUAGUGGCGACAUGGCACAUGUUUUUCAUCGCACUGUUGUCCAUAUUUUAAUCACAAAUGGGGCAAUCACAGCAUAAGAAAUACCAUCACUAUCUCUUUUGUCUUUAAAUCAUCAUACCAAGAGUAGCACUUGGGUUUUAAAAUUAGACAAUGGGAAAUGUACUCAAUUGCCUUUCUAAGAUUUCUCUCUAUUCCAUUUCAUUCCCCAUCAGGUUACUCAUAACAUUGAGGAAUUCUGAUAAUCAAUGCAUCACUGUCUGUAAUGAAAUGAAACAGAUCUAACCAAUGUAUUGUCAUUGAAUUCUCCAGUGCUGUACACUGUGUUUUAGUCAGCAAUGAUUGAGCAGGAACAUAUGGUGAUUGAAGUAUCUUAGUACACGUAGCAACAUCUAAAGCUAUGGAUUUUUCUAUUGUCUGUAAGUAGUGACUCCUUGCAUAGCAACCAGAUGUUAGAUCUUUUGCUUUUCUAAUUAUUCUAGUUCUUCAAGAACUCCUUGGAUUCUAAGUGGCUAUCAUGUGUUAGUUGCUCAAGAUAGUUGUCAUGGAAGCUCUUUAAAAGGUCCCACCUGACAAAGAAUUUGAUUUUACCUUUAAAAAUAGAGCGAAUAGAAUCUUAUUUUUCAGUUGAGAUUGUUGUAUUUAGUUAUCACUGCAGUGUGGACAUUAAGAGACACUGAUGUUGUUAAUGCAUACAAUUUCUUUGGAACCUGCAGCAUUUGCUCAAAGAGUGUGUUAUGUUAUAUAUUCUGUUGGACUGUUUCAAUAUUUGUGGGCGUUGCAUCAACAGAAGUGUGUUAGAAACAAAUGUUAUACACCGAUUGGUAUGUGUCUCCCUUACUGAGGGAAAGAACAUUAUAUCAAAACAUCUUUACAACAGGAGAAUGGAAAUAAUAAAAUGGAUGGAAUAAUGCUGAUUCUGUGAAUACUUAGCACACAGCCUCCUUUUCUGUGUAAAACAAUGACCAACUCCGAUCAAUUGUGAAAACAGUUUUCUAAAUGAUUUUUCAAUGCUUAGAAGCAGCAGUGGUUGGUGAGAGGGGUGGUUCAAUUUUCUGCUGUCAAUAACCAUAUAAGAUAUUUGUUAUUUUUAACCAUAAUUAAACAAGGUUUUAUUUAUUUGUGGUUUGUUCCAGAAGAUACUAGCCUCACAGUGAUAUUUGUAAGCAUUUUGUCCUUUCUAGUGAUAUUGCCACAAGAUACUUCAGAUCAUAAAAGGCUUUCUCAUCCAUGUGUACACUUGGGUAGUUAUUAGUAGAAAAGUUUGCAUGUACAGGGCGUGGAAAUAGUGGUGCCACAAUACAAAAAUAAGCCUAACAAUAUGAAAUACAGUUGUACACUUUUAAUAAAUACAUAGCAGCAUCACCAUUUUUAUCACCAUCUUUACAUUUUAAGUUAUGUACUGUCAUCAGACAAAAUACCUUGUUAGUAAUUUAACAUUUUUGCCAUUAUUUUUCAAUAUUUGAUUGCCAUCCUAAAAACAGCUAAAGCCAAAAAAAGGGUAAAUAAGGUAGUCUGAAUUUUUUUUUGUAUUGAAUGUUACUCUAUCUCUUAAUCAUAUUGUGAUUUAGCAUGAAUUCAUAUGUUUUAUGUAUGAUUUCAACAAAAGGCUGCCAGUGAAAAUUGUCAUAACUAACCCUGUUGCCAUAUUUGGGUGUGUAAUUUUUAAAUGCUUCUUCAAUGAUCUGGCAUUUCUGUAGGUUGUAGAAUUAAAUCUGUAUAUGGUUGUAUAUACAAUGUUCUAUAUGUAAUGUAUUAUGUUAUAUGUUUGUUAGUGCAUAAUGUUGAUGCUUUUUAUUGGGACAUGAGGUACUCAUGGAAUAAACCUCAUUUAUAUUGGAAA